AUCAAAUGGUAAAAAGUAAUUUCGUGUAUUUUAUGUAUAUUUGGAUGUUUCAAAGAGUUUAUAUCUACAGAGUCUUUCGUUACCAAUUAUUUAACAGGACCAUGGAAAAAUUUUAUAAAUGUUCAAGUAAAUCAAGAAAUUUUUCCUGUUGCAUCAUAUUCUUAUUUUGCAACAUUAGUUGUCAUAUUUUUAGUAACAGAUUUUGUACGAUAUAAGCCUAUCAUUAUUUUGUGUGGUUUCUCUGGUGCUAUCACAUUUCUUUUGAUAAUGUUUGGAAAAGAUAUUAUGCAAAUUGUGGAAUUCUUUUAUGGCUUGUUUUUAUGUACAGAAGUGGCUUACUAUACAUACAUUUAUGCUAAAGUUGAUACGAAAUAUUAUCAGGAAGUAACUGGUCAUACAAAAGCAGCAUCUCUUUUUGGUCGUUGUAUUGCACGAUUGUCACUCUCUUUUGAUACAUUAAAUUAUCAUCAGUUGAAUUAUAUUACAGUAUCAGCUAUUUCAUUUGCAACAAUAUGGGCGGUUUUUUUACCUUUUGUUGGUCAGUCCAUUUAUUUUCAUAAAGAAAAUGAAAAUUAUGUAAACCAUGAUUCUUUAACUAAUAAUGAAAUGGUAGUAUCACAAUCAUACAAUUUAAAUGAAUUAUUAUAUAGACCAGAACAGUACAAUAACAACAAUUCUCCCAGUACAAAUGUUUCGUUGAUACGUAAAAUAAAACAAGCUUAUAUUCUAUCAUGGAAAGAUUUUUUGCAAGCAUAUUCAAACAGUCAUGUUGAAAAAUGUUCAAUCUGGUGGUCAUUUUCCACUUGUGGAUAUUUACAAAUUAUCAGUUAUAUACAAUUACUUUGGCAAACUGGUGUAUCACAUGGAGAUAAGAUUUAUAAUGGAGCUGUAGAUUCUUUAUACACUAUCAUAGGUGAGCAAAUAUCCUGUAUGACUACAUGUGAAAGGUUUCAUUGCGAAUGGUACAUUUCUUGCAGAAUAACACCAAGAAAUAGGUUUUUUGCCAUAACAAUAGUUAGUAACAACAAAUUCCAUAAAUUUUUGCAACUGGGAUCAUCGCGGAUAUACAUCCUAUUAAAUGUGAAACGUUUCCUCGUGAUCGGUUUAUUCCUUGUAGAGUAA